AAUCAGAACGAUGGCGACGAGGAAUGGAUCAACUAACAGUUUGUUAGGGGAUCUGCGAGUGCCUGUGCUAGGGCGUUAAGUCGCUUUUAAACACGAGUUCGCAGAUCCGAGUUGGACACGAAGCCGAACAGUCGAACGAAGUGAUUGUAACUUUUCGCGUGUUUAAAGAAAAUCCCGUUGCUAUCUAAAAAACGAACGAAAGAAAUAACCUAUAAUAUUCUCUCGAUUUCACUAAUUGAAAGGGAAAAGAAAAAGGGAGAAACAAAAAAAUAAGAAAAACGAUAUUUGACGAUUAAAAGAAUUAAAGAUGAAUUCCUCGCACACAGCUCAUAUGUCUCAUGGGAGUAUGGAUCAUGGGAGUAUGGAUCAUGCAAGUAUGGAUCAUACAAGUAUGGACCAUAGUAGUAUGGAUCAUGCAAAUAUGAAUCAUGCUGAUAUGGACCAUAGUGGUCACAUGCAACACUCAGCAGCUACUACUGAUGGUAGCAAUAGUAUGGGAAUGCAUGGUAUGUCGAUGGUUUUCCAUGGCGGCUAUUGCGAGACCAUACUUUUUGAAUCUUGGAAAAUAACAUCAGUCGGUGGUUUAGUUGGAUCCAUGAUUGGUAUAAUGAUUAUGGCUACACUUUACGAAGGUUUAAAGUAUUACCGGGAAUAUCUUUUCUGGAAAACUUAUAGUUCCUUACAAUAUAGAAGCGUUACUGUGCCUCAAGAGAAGAAUGUUGUCGCUGAAGAUAACAGAGUCGUCCAUAUGGUCGGUGAGGUAAUCCAUAAACGGCCGCCCACAAUGCUGUCAUGGAUGCAUUGUUUCCAAACGUUCCUGCAUAUUAUACAAGUCAUCCUUUCAUACUUUUUAAUGCUGAUCUUCAUGACAUUCAACACCUGGCUCUGUUUCGCCGUAGUUCUUGGUGCUACCAUCGGUUACUUUCUUUUUGGAUGGAAGAAAUCCGUAAUUGUGGAUGUUACAGAACAUUGUCAUUAGUAAUUAAAUAUAGUGGCAUAAUCCGUUAUUAUUUCUAUUGCUCCGUUAUGUAUAUAUUAUUAUGUUGCGUGUAUGGUAAUUCUUUUUACAAAGAAGAAAAUAUCCAGAGUUUACAACAAAUAGAAGCGUAAUACGAUUACAAUAUAGUAUGUUUGUGGUUCUAUGCAAGAAAAAAUCCUUUAUCAAUACUGAAAGUAAAUUGUUGAUUUUCAACUAGAAUAUUUACACAGCUAUAACUAUUAUAUACAUAUAUAGAAUCACAAAUGAACUAUGAUUGUACAAUUAUCUUACUUAAUUGUAUUCUAUUGAAUACAGCUAUGCACAUAUUCGCUUUUUAUGCUGACAUCAAGUGGAACUUAUUUGUAAAAUAGAAUUAGAAAUAUAUUUGCGAUGACUAAACAUACGAUAAUUUUGCAGAAAGAAAA